AUGCAGAAGCUCGAAAACUUUGCUCGAGACUACAAUUCUAAAGCAGUCAUGGCAGAACAAAACGAGGACGCUAUUCGUGACGCGUUUAUAAGCAGUGCCGCUUACGACCAAGCUAAAGCUCUCGAUCUGGCUCAGCAGCGGUCUCAGACAUUCGUCGAAGCUACUCCUUCAAUCUACACUUCCGCUGUGAGUGCUCUAAAUCAGACACCUGAGAAACUGGCUGCAUCCCGAACAAGUUGCUACUUUUGUGGUUAUGAUCGACAUCCUCGUCACAAAUGUCAUACGAAAGAUACAACUUAA